AUGAGGAAUUUCCUCUUAAUUCUUGCAAUUGUAGUCACCGUUGUUUGCGCCCUGCCAUUCGAUCCCAUUGUCAGUGACUCUUUACUAUCCACAAAUGAGAGAACUCGUCACGCAAGGCAACUAGAUUUUUCGUUCGGGGCCGACCAUGAGAGAGAUCAAGGAACAGACAUUUUCGCUGACCUGAAAGCCCAAUUGUGGGAAAGUGUCGACCGGAAAACGCGAGUUGAGGGAGGUGCUACAUACAAUCAGCACUUUGGUGGCUUCAGUGGAGACGGUAAUCCCAAAAUUGGCGGAGUUAUUCGUGUGCAUCAUGAUUACAAAAAAUAA